ACCGGCGUGAACUUUCUUCCGUGUUCCGUGUCUCUGAUACUUUACAGAAGGCGACAUGUGUUCUGUUUUCUUAUCUCGUGAAGUAAAAUAACUGUGUGAUUGUUAGCCUUACUUGCUGACCACUCCUAAGUGCACUGUGCGAAAAGAGAAAGCAGCUCUACGGUUAUGAGUAAAAUGUGACGUCAUUGGCUGUUUCGUUCUGUCACUUCCGAGAAAUGGUGAUAUCAAGUCGAAAUACAAACUUAACAGUGUAUCAAGUAUUGUUAACCCAACGGCAGGAUAAUGUUUUAACCAUGGAGUAUUAGUGUUUGGAAGAAAGAUCGCGCAAACUUUCACAUCCUGGACAUUCCUAAAUCACUCCACGUUAAACUGAAUCUCGUCUCAACCUCCAAGAACAAUUCCCCUUCACCGAUAAAUAGACACCAAAAUACACCCCGGAGUAAAAGCGAGACAACGCAUGCAAGCAUUUAAGUGAAUUUUCAUCGCUUCUACAAAAAGAGGCGGAAAAUAACAAAAAGAGCGAGGUUUCUCCGCUCCUUUAGUGAGAUCUCCAUCGCUUCCCGAAAGUAGGAAAAAAAAUAAACGACCUGCAUGCGUCGCAGAGUGAUCUUCAGCACACCCACAAAAAGAAGCAAACAAAUACAAAAAUAAAUAAAUAAAAAAGAGCGAGGUUCCUCCGCUCCCACGCUAAGAUCUUCAAGUGAAAGAAACAGAACCGAAAAGGACCUGCAAGCAUCAUUGCGAGACUUUCAUCGCACCUGCAAAAUAGAAAAAGCAAAAGGAAAGGGGAUAAAAUAAGUAAAAAAAAGAGCGAGGGUCCUCACGUCCUCCGCCCUGGUUCCUCCUUCUGGUUCCUCCUCCGUCCAGUUCCUCCAUUCCUGUUCCUCGCUGGCCAAUGUUUGUGUUGUGUUGGUGGGAACAUGGCGCGGGUGACCAUCUUCAGCUGCGCCUGUUGUCUGAGAGCUCUAUGGACACCAGAAGAGAUAGAGCAGCACACAAGAUCACAACAAAUUGAUAAAGAAAUACAAAAAGACCGGCAAAGAUACAGACGGCAGGUUAAACUUUUAUUGUUGGGGGCGGGAGAAUCAGGGAAAUCGACCUUCCUGAAGCAGAUGCGCAUCAUCCAUGGCUACCGAUUUGGACACGAUGAGGUCGAUGAAUAUAGAGAAACUAUUUACAAAAAUAUUGUUAUGGGCAUGAAGGUGUUGCUAGAUGCAAGAGACAAGCUCAGAAUACCCUGGGGAGAUCCAUCACGAGAACCUUAUGGGCAACACGUAAUGAAAUUUAUGGGGUCUAUGUCCCUUGACAGACAUGUAUUUCUUGAAUAUGUACCCAGUGUCAAGGAGUUGUGGAAGGACUCUGGCAUCCGUCUGGCAUACAGCAGACGAGCAGAAUUCCAGUUGACUGACAGUGUAUCAUAUUUCUUCGACAAUUUAGACAGAAUAGGUGUCCUGGAAUACAUCCCCACAGAGAAGGACAUUCUCCACUGCCGCAAAGCCACCAAAGCAAUCACAGAAUUCACAAUACCUAUUCAAAAUGUACCAUUUCUCUUUGUGGAUGUAGGAGGGCAGCGUACACAAAGACAAAAGUGGUUCCAGUGUUUUGAGAGUGUUACCUCAAUAAUUUUCUUAGCAUCAUCCUCAGAGUUCGACCAAAGGUUGUUGGAAGAUAGGAUCACAAAUAGGUUAGAAGAAUCGCUCAACAUCUUUGGAACAAUUGUGAACAAUCGAAGUUUUCGUGACGUUUCCAUCAUUCUCUUCCUAAACAAAACUGAUCUCCUUAUUCAGAAAGUCAGAUCAAGACAAAGCAACAUUUCUCAUUAUUUUACAGAUUUUGUGGGCAACCCACAUGAUGAAAGAGAUGUCCAGCAGUUUAUCUUGCACAAGUUUGUGGAACAACGGCGAGCAGAUAACAAUCGACGGCCACUGUUUCACCAUUUUACAACAGCUGUUGAUACUGAAAACAUAAAAGUUGUCUUUAACUCUGUGAAGGACACCAUUCUCCAACGCAAUUUGGAAACACUUAUGCUCCAGUGAAAAGUAGGAAGAGUUAGCUGUAAGGCCACAUCUUAGCACAGUUCACAAAACAGACUACUUACUGUAACAAGCUCAAAAUGAUUAUUUGAGUAUUUAAGAAUGGUUAUGACCAAAUGUCAUUUUUGUAAGAAUUGAUAUAGUUAUAGCAGAUUCAUUCAGACAUUUAUGGGUGCAUGUUUCUGGAGAUAAACUUAGAUCAGCUGAAGUGGCUGAACACAAAUGCAAGGCAGUAAAAAGUUCAGUUAAAUGAGCUCUAGAGUCUUAAUACUGUGACUAGAUCUAAAGAGUACCUAAUGUGAUAGUAGAAGACCCUAAUAUUGACUUAGGAAAUAAGGAAGGAUCCCUUUUAUACUGUACCAUUGAUGUCUUGUGGUUGAGUUACCUUCCCCCUCCAUUCAGUUGUUUCUUUUUGUUUUGUUUUUCAUAAGAAGGUAGUGUCUGUAAGUACAAUGCUCAAAGCUUAAAUAAAAAGACCCAUUUUUCACAUAACUUAUGUCAUAAGUCUUUGAUUGUAGUUAAUAUGAAAGAAAAUAUUAGCAGAACCUGGGGAAUGCCAGCUGUAAGGAUAUUAGCAUUUUCCAGCCUUGUGGAUUUUAGUCCUGUUAUUGACCAGAUGUAAGACUACCACAUCCUUUGCUUGAAAGUAAUUUAUUAUCAGGACAAAGUAUUGUAGAAAAGAAUCAGUUGACCAAAACCACUUUCUUGAUAGUGUGGUGAUGGAGUUCCACAUAAGAUACAUCUUCUUUUCUCUGAAAUAACUUUUCUGACAAGCAGUACAUGAUGAAAGCACAAAAAAUAUGAUAAGACUGUCCUUUUCCAUGUUCUUUAGACAGUUUAAGACCUAUUACAAAAUACUUGCAUGCAUUAUAACAAGUUUAUUCAUUUAUUUUAGUAAAACUAUGACCCUUUGUUUGAGCUUAAUUAAGUAGGUAAAUCUUAACCAUUAAUUGUAAUGCCAGACUUCAUUUCUUUCUGUGCAUGCUGAACAAUAUUUGUGUGUUUGUAAAUAUUUAUAGAUAAUAGUCUAUUAUUUUUUCAUUAUGCAGAAUUUCCUAUUGGUGUGUCUGCAUUUAUACCUUGUUUAGCCUAACAGAGCAAUUUGUAAGAAGUGUAAUCAACUGUCAGCAAUGAAUCAAUAUUAAUCUAUAAUUAGUGAAAUGCAUAAUGGAAAUAUGUUUGACUAUAUCUUAUAUAAAUGCAGGGAAGCAAGUCACUCUUUUUAUUUUAUUUUACUUAUUUUUGCAUUUUAUGGGAUGGAAAAUUUAUCUUUGAAAGUUAUCUAGUUCAGACACAUAAACAGCUUUUGCUGAAGUAUCUGGUUAGGUUACUCAGGGAGGGAGUGCUCCUCAUGAGGAUGACAUAUUUGAUCGGUCAUAUGACAAUAACUUGCAUUCCUUUAGUGGUUGAAUUGUAUGCUUGUUUAUACUGACAAGUAAUGGUAAUUAUUUCUGUGUAUUCCUGGUGUAAGUUCAUCAUAACUUAGGAAGGUGUGCUUUGAAAGGGUUGAAGAACGGUUUUCCAAUUUAACUGCUAUUUUUUGGCAGCAGGUAGGUAAGUAGGUGAUGCAUUUUACCUUUUUAUUUUCAUACCUGAUUUGUUGCAAAACUGUGAUUAUGUUUACAAUCUAAACAGCUACUGGUACUGCAAGUCUUUCUAGCAUAAUCAGCCUUCAACAUAAACUUGUAUAACAGGGUAUGUGGUAUUUUACAAAUGCAGAUCAGAUGGUUAGAUUCUCAGUGAAUACUACUUUCCACUCAUAUGUUGUUAUUUUACAGUUUGUUAAAGUAUAUGGUUCUUUCUUGAUACAUAGAUUUACUAUAUCUUUUGGAGCAACUUGUUUUUCUUUUUAUACUAGGUGGAUUUGCUAUGUUAUAUUUGCAUUUACUUUGUGGUAUGAUGACUCUCUGCCCCUUAUCAUCAUCCUUCCUUCCUUUUCCUAUAAGCCUGUUCUAAAUACCUUAGAUGUGGAGGUGAAAUGUGGUACACAUUCAGUUUUAUAGCAUUUGGGGGAUAAGGAAAGCCAGUACAGUAGACACCACCACAGCAAACCCAGUUGCCCAUCCACUGCAGAUGAUGAUGACUGUUGUAUGUAUGAAAAGUGACAAGAGUACAGUUAUUUUACUCUGGCUUGCCAUAAAUUAGAUUUGUAUUCAACCUUGCUCCAGAUAUUUUGUUUGCUUUGUUAUAGAUAUCAUCUUUUUUUUCUUCCAUAGGCCAGCUAAUACAUCUAGUCACAUCAUGCUGAUGAUGUAAUAUGUAGCAGCUCUUCAUGCCUCAUUAUUUUUAUAAACUUGAAAUAUGAAAAGCCAUUUUUUCCAGAUAACAGUGAUAUAUUAGUGGUACCCUUUUGAAAAAUGGUUUGGUUUCAUAUUUUUACAUUUUUAUUAAGAUAGCCAUGGAUUAUUUUUUUCCCCUUCACAAAUCCAUACACCAAAUAAGUAAGAUCUGUGUGAGAAGUGAAUUAAUAUUGCACUUUCCCCGAGUAUAUAUAACUGUUACUCUAUUGUCAGUUGUAGUUGAGUUCCAUGUAAAGUAAUUGGCAUGAAAUAGCCUUUCAGGUGGUUGAUUAUAUUUAUUGAUUAUAUAUGUAUGUUUUAUUCUUUUUAGUAUAUCAGUAUGCAACAUUACCAAUAGUAACUAGGUGCUUCCAUGCUUAUGUGAAUUUCUUCCAUUGGUUACAUGUAUCCAAGAUUUGUCAAUCUGCCAUUAGUACAAUUUCAUACCUGAACCAAGAACCUAUAACAUUUGCAAUAAGACUGCAUUUCUGUAUAUAUUUCAUUACUCUAUACAAAAUUAAACUGCAUGCAAGAUGAGUUUAGUUUGAGAAUAUAAAGCAGUUUUUAUAUGUGAUGGGUGAUUGCAAGUCUCACAGAGGUAAAGCUUAUGUAAGUUUUACUCGGAUCAUUAACUUUUUAAUUGCUUCCUGCCACAAAAAUAUUUAAAGCAAUAAUAUUUUGAGGUAAGAUGAUGUAUAUAAUGAGGAGAGAAUAUGUGAAUUAUUAUGAUAUUGAGAUGGCUAAGGAUUUUAAUAUUUAUGUAAAGUCAUGUAAAUGUGGAUUGUAUAAUGACUGAAGUUGUUCAAGGCUAUUAUCAGCAUUUUGCAUUCAGAUGCAGUUGUGUUAGUAAAUAGCUGGAGAGAUAUAACAUUACAAGGCAAAGAACUUAAUUGAACAGACAAAAUUAAACCUGUUUUAUAAGAUCUAACCAUGACUGCUUUUAAAUCAAUUAAAGAAUUCAGAUACAAAUCCAUGUCUGUUAUUGCAGUUAGAUUUACUGCUCAAAAAUGAAAACUAUGUCAUUAGAUAACUGUGUAUGACAAAUAUGUUCAGCAUACAUUAUAAAGAAGUACUGUAAGAAGCUUGCAUUUGCUUAAAUUUUUGGCCUCAUAUGUGAACAUUGGCAAUGCCUCUUUGCUAGAUUUUUAGAUAUUUGAUUUAUCAUUAUAUAUUCUGUAUUUACAGUACCUUCCAUGAAUACAAUGCAUGUAAGUGAGCACAUAAUUGAAUGCAUGUGUUGUAUGUGCAAGCAUGUGCGUAUAUGAAUAGGAAUGUUCAUGCUCUUGUAUGUCUGUGUCUGUGCAUUAGUAUGUUUAUGAGCUUACGUGUUUAUUUUUCUUACGUUGCCCGACUUGGUAAAUGUCUUGAACAACUUUCUUGGAACUGAACCAUUUCUAGUUACAAUUACAAUCCAGGUGAAUUCUGUUUAAACCAAAAAUUUACUCAAUCUGCGAAAGAGAGUCAAUCUGAAAGACAUCAGUGUGAUGUAGUAGUAUGAUAUAUAAAUAUUUUUUUUGUUUUAUUUGUGCUUAACUCGUGGAGUAGUUCCCCUUUUUGAUCCCACCGACUGGUGUACAGUACAGUAAAUGACUUUUGUCCUUUUUCUUUUUUCUUUUUUUCUUUCAUCCCCUUUAAGAAAAAGAUUCAGGGCAUCAUCUGAAAAUAAAAGAACUGAACACAGCCUAAGCUAUACCUCAUACUCCAUGGGUUAAUUGAUAUUCAUGUACAUCAUGAAAUGUAUUGAAAGUUUUUCGUAGCUACAAUGCAUCCAAAAACUGCUCUACAAUUGGGAUAUUUAGACAAUAUUACAAUGUGUCAGGCACAUCAUCAUUUUAAAGCUGAUGCAUUUGUGGUAGACAAAUGGUAGCAGAAUAGAAAUGUUCAUUCUUGUAUUUUAUUAAAUUCAUUCACAGAUAGCUGUAAUUAAGUAGUUUAAGAAUCUAGUUGGAUUAAAUUCAUUGUCAAGGGAGGAAAAAAGCUUUUGGCCAUUAUGUAUCUCCAUUAUGUUCAUUAAGAUGCAUAUUAGCUCUUAUAUAUUACACUAUUUUCUCUCUCUGGAUGUAAUGCUCAAAUACUGUUAAGAGGAUACAUUGUCCAGAUUAUCCAUGUUUCAAAAACCUGCAUAGAUAGUAAAACUGUAAUGAAGCUGCAAAGCAUACUUUAUAUUCAGCAUUGUGUAUUAUUAUUUACUUUUGAUGUUGUACAUAUAUCGUGAGGGAAACACUACCUUCAUGAGUCACAAAUAAUUAUGCCUUCUUUUUCUGCUGCUUCACAAUCAGUUCAAAUUUUGGGCAGUGAUAACUUUUGAAUGUUUUUGUAGUGUUGUUUGUUGUAAGCAUUGUUUGUUUAUUUUUUUGUUUUUUACUGCUUGGUUUUAAGUUGUUAUCAUUUAAGAGUAAUACGGACAUAUUUGUAGAUGAAGUUCCACUGUGGAACAGAUAUCUCCAUAUUUUUAGGUUGAAGAAGACUUGAUUUGUUUAUAACCUCUUGAGGGUUGAAUAAAGUCAGUUACACAUUUACUAUUAUGGUAUUCUAAAAGCAGCAUCAUUACUGUAUUUUUUAAGAUUUUAUUAUUGUAGCCAGUGUUUGGAAAUCGUUAAACAGCGUUGUGACAUUGGCCGUCCCUAUUUAGAAAGAGGAAGCUAUAAGCUGAUAUUUUGUUACUUUUCAUUAAUUGUUUUGAUUGUAUCUUUUAUAUCAAUUGAUUAUGCAUGUGGAGAUGCAUGUUUGUAAAAGGGAGUGUAAGGUUAUAAGCAUGUGUGUAUUAUGCUCUUUUGCUUAAUCAGGGAAACUUGUUACUAUUUUCGUAGAUCACAUGUUAUAAGGAAGCAAACACAUUUUCUUUCUUUCUUUUCAGCAUCUUUAAAGUUUUUCAUUUUGUUUGCCUAGAUAUUACUUUACAAAGGUCAUUUUUUGAUUACUGUUUUACUCAAAGAAAGUAUAGAGGUAAUAAGUAAUGAAUGAAGUAGACUCAUCAUUAGGACUAUAAGAAUUUCCAAUUAAAAAGAUCCUUAAUUUUCCUAUUUAGAAGAGUACAGUUUAUCUGUGUCCUCAUGUAUAUCAAUCCUCUUCAGUAACCCUUUUUUAAGAAGAGAAUCUUGUUGCAAUCUGUCGUAUCAUCAGUAUUUCACGAUGUUUCCAGCCUAUCUGAUAUCUGAUUAUGCGCACACUAAGUAGCAACCACUAACCCAUAAACUGUCGUAUAACUCUUCAGCAGCUGUCCAUCAAAAUGCUGUAUCGUAAGAGCAUUCUUUUUAAAUGAUGCUCACAAAUAUCCUUAUUGAGUUACAGCCUUAUGUUUUUUCAUAUUGAUAGUAGAACCUGUCUUUAGUAGUUGGCAUCAUCAUCUUUCUUUGUAAUGUCAGUGUUUCCUUCGCUGUGAUCAUGAAAAGACUAGCAGUACUGCCAAGUAAGUGCAAAACAGGCACUUUGCAGUUUAUGGGUUAAACAUCCAUUUUCAUUUUGAUGCAUGUUAAGGCACUCUUCUUUUCUUACUACUGCACUAGGUAUUUGUAAGUUUGUAAAAGACAAGGACUGUAGUUUGCUGUAGUAAGUGAUAUGAAACAAAUAUGUGCAAGUGACUCUACUGCUACAUAUUUACUAAAUGUAAUCUUGGUAAAGAAAAUUCAGUUGUUGAAAAUGAUGGAUGAUAUAAGAUAUAAACAGAUUUAAAUGAUAUAAAUGUACAGUAACUAAAUAUUUUAUACAUCAAGUUAACUUUGUAAAUUUUGAUUUGUGAUUUUUGAUGGUAACCUCUUGAAGUAGAAACCUUCAUGAAGUAGAAUUCAACAUUCUCAAAGGAAAUGAUAGUUAUUUGCCAAGCAGUAUGUUCGAAUUAUAUUCUUGAUGUGAGUGUAACUGCUAUAGUGAUAGGAAGUUUUUAUCUCUUAUGAUUCCGUGCACAAGAAAGAAGACAUUCCUGCAUGAGGUUGAUUUUGUUUAUUAGUCAGAGUUGAUUUAUUUUCCAUGUUUGAAGUUAUUCCUGAUUAUCAUUUUGAUAAGGAUUUUUUUUUUUUUUUUUUUUUUUUUUUUUUUUCUUUUUUUGCAUGUUUCAUGUAAAUACAUUUUUAUCUGCUACUGUAUAGUUAAUCAUCAUGUUCAACUUGUAUAGCCAAGAAAUUUUUCCCCCCUCUGGACCCUUGGUUCUGUGCAUGUCCUUGUGUCAUUCCCAAGGUAGCUAUAACUAUUUUCAGCCAAUAUUGUUAUUGUACAAUUCUGUGGACACCCUGUAUAGUUAAACCAGUUGUAAUAUGAUAUGAUUAUGUAUUGAACACUACAUGUCCAGUAAAUAGGCAGAAUGAGAUGACAAUAUGCGUAUUUGAUCAUCAGAUAAGUACAUAGGAAGCUUCAGUCUUUUUAUAUGAAAGAAAUAAUGGAUUCUGUGACUCCCUGCAAGAAAUCUCAUUAUGUUUAGGAUUAAAGGUGUGCAUAUAUAUUUCACAGAUAUUGGCAGUUACAUUGCCUGGGGGUACCAACUUCUUGAUGUUCAAUGUCAACACAAAAAAAGAUCACUUCAAUAAGGUACAUAUAUAGUAAAUAUCCUGCAAACUCUUUUAUUAGUGUGUGUAGUACUUGUAUUUUUGUUAAAAGGGAAAGAUAUUGUAAUUUAUAAACUCAUUCCAUAUUAAUACAUAUUCCUUAUAGUUUUAUUUAUUUAGCAUUGUAUUUUUUUGAUACUGUUGCAUUUGUAACACAGAUAUAAUGUUUUAAGACAUAUAUUUCGUAUUAGAUACUUUAUAGGUUUUAUCUGUUUAUUGAGAGUGGUAUAAUGAAAAGAUGUGUUGUCCUCUGACCCAGUGCUCUAAUCCUUGUAUUGGCGACCCUCUUCUCACAUGCAUUUUUUUCCCUCUUGCUGAUUUUUUUCAGUGACAAGAAGGUGAAAUGGCCACAAUGCAAAAUAGAGAAUUAUGUCAGUGGUAUUCUUUUGACCUUGAUAUUUUACUGUGAGCUAUAAAAUGCAUUACAUUCCAGUUAUGUGUAAGGUGUGAUAUUUAAUUUCAUUUGUUAUAUUCCUCAUGACAUAAGGGAAGUUGAGAUCUGGUAUUUAUCUUUGUUUCUAGAGUUCCUAUGAAUUUGUAUUUCAUCUUGUCAGUAAUUUUUUGUUAUAACUCAUUAGAUGUUUUAUUUGAUUAUACUAUUUUCUUUGCAGUAGUUGCAUAUAGCUAGACCUCUUUGGUGUAAAUGAGCAUAGUUGAUUCAUAUAUCUAGACUUUCAUUAAGCCAUUUUCACUGCCUAAAAACUGCUUGUGUUCAAAAUGAUGUGUCAACAAAUUUUUCAUUGUGGAAUGUAGUAGCUCAACAGUAUAGUAAUGCUAAAGAAUAGUAAUAGUAAUACUCUUGGCUAGAGACUAGCAUAUGGGCAAAUAAUGCAGAUUGAUAGAUCUGUUUUGAUUUGUAUCAAUAUCAUGAUUUUGGGUGUUAACAUUUGUAUUGGAAUUUCAGUGUAUUAACAUUGUCAUCCUAAGGACAAAAUAAGUCAUAGUAAUUUUUUAAAAAACAUGGUUAAAUUCUGGUACUGCAUACUCUACCAGGUGAAAGAAAUAUGCAUUAAUGACAAUAGUAAUUGUAGUAUUAGGAUAAACAACUGCUGCAGAAAGGGAUGAGAUCAUUCAUAUUGUGGGUUGUGAAAAAGAGGAGACAUUAAGAAUUGAAAGAUGAUUGUCCUUUGUUUCUGUUUUUCUAAAAGGUUUAAUAGGCUACAUUUUAUUGAUACCCAAUUCAUUUUUAGGGUUAUUAAGAUAUGUGUUCUGCUUACAUUUUAUAAGCAAAUAAAGGUACCAAGCUUAGCAAAAUCUCAAAGAAAUUGGUACUACGCUUGAAAGAUGUAUUUGUAAAAUCUACUUCUUUAUUUGCUAUGUAGGGAGAAGGGUAAUAUUUUUAAAGGUAUGUACAUAAAGUGACUGUAAGGUCUCAGGUGUUAUUUGUACAUAUUGUAAAAAAAGAAAUUAUAAUGAGAGUGGAGUCUAGAAUAUAAUAUAGAAAAUGUGAUGUUUCAAAUUUUUUCAAGCAGUGGAUGUCAUGUAAUAUUCAUAUUUAAGGACUGUCAUCAAGAACAGGACAAUAUUAGUGAUGUAUCCAGUGACACAUCGGGUCUCACAAGGAAUGUUGUAGUUUGUUACUGAAGAUACAUUGGCAUUUCCUUCAGAUGUGCUUCAAAAUUAAAGUUUAGAUCAUACUAGUUGCAAUGCAAUAGAAAUCUUAAAAUGUGAUUGAAUUUUAUGCUGUUUGAUGGCAGGUAAGAUGUGUGUCUAGUAGAUACAAGCUCAGAGGAUUUCAAGAUAAGUAAAAGAAUCCCAAGUUUGGAGAUCUAAUGUAAUAGGUAAGAGUCUGAAGUGACAAUUACUGUAAAUUUCAGAUGAAUAAAUUAAUAAGAAUGCCUGUGCACACCAACAAAGUAAAGCAUUCCUACGUUACCACUAGCUGUCUCCACCAGUGUAUCAGAUUUGUCACUUUAAAGCUCAUAUUAACUUAAUGAAGUGAUUCUUUAAACUCAUAAGUAAUAACCUAUAGGAAUGUAUAAGAAAGCAACACACAGGGUCAGGUAAGGAAAAUUGUCAACACCAAAACCCCAAGUGACGGACACACGGGCGUGAGGACAUCACUAGGCGUGGUGGUGGCAGCCUCUAUGCGAGCUUGGCACCAUUUUAUAGACAUACAAUAAAUAUUAUUUUGUUACUGUAA